UUCAAUUCAUCAGCAAGACAACGCACCCAAUACUAGAACAAACGCAAUCAUUACCAACACGACACUUUUUCAACAAGAAGUUGUUCGAAGAGUUACCCAGCCAUUCAAGAGGCGCGCAUGCGCACUUCCUCAGUUUCUGUGCCACUUCUUGUUUCCGAAUUCCAACAGCGCAUCAAGAUCAACAUGAUCAGAAUGCAGCGUUCUUUCAAACAUUUGCUCCUGCGGCCUCAGGCCAGAAGAGCCACGGGACGAUGCCUCAGGGCGUGUACAACUACGAGACUGGUGCAACGCUUCUCCUCGUCUGCCUCAGCUCCACAAGCUCACGCGAAGAUCAAUGAGUCCCUUUUUCCACCAAGAGACCUAGGUGGCGACAUCCCACCUUCACAUGAAGGAGCAUCUUCUGGAGAAGUAGCUACGGAUGCACGCCCACCUCCAUCAUCUUCAUCUGGUGUAGCCACACCUCGCCUAACCGAGGAACAGUUGAAGGGAAAAUCAAAGAAGUUAAAGAGAUUUUACGAAACGGUGACAGCCAAGAAAGCAGAAGUCGCAGACCACGAGUCGCAGGGUGCGGGCGAAAGUCAUCAACUCCUCUUAGACGACAAAGUUCUGAAAUCUCCUGACCAAAAUCCUCUCCGGAUUCCCUCCCAGAUAGUCGCCGAUCUAGUCCGCAACGAAUGGGACGCUCAAAAGGAUUUGAUUGAUGCAGAGAAGAUGCCUAUUCACACGUUGCUGUGCACAGCGGUCGAUCAAAUGUGGAGUGCGGAACAAAGGAAAGACGAAAUCCAGCGUCAAUUGUUGAAAUUCUUAGAGACAGAUACACUGUGCUUUGUGGGAACGAGCAGUACGAAUACGCCGGAAGCAUUGUUAAGAUGAUGUAAAUAGGUACUAAGUCGUACUUCUAAAAAAUGUUGUAGACGUGGCUCAACACUUACAUAGUUGUACAACAAUGUAAUAUUUAUAAUUCUCUACUUACAACGAACUAGUUCUUAUAAUUACUCUUUUGCAUCUUCUUCUUCAGAUCUACCUAAAAAUUCCAUUUUUGAAAAAUUUCCCUUCUAAUUGCUGAAAAAAAGCAAGAAGAGCUGUGGGGCCCAGUUCGGGAGCGCUUUUGCUCAUCUUUCGGCGUAGAGCUGAAUACCACCGCAGGCUCAGCCUCGUUUUUGCGACUUGAGACCCAUCCUGAGGCAACGUUCACGAAAAUCCACAAGGUCCUAGAAACUAUGUCUCCGUGGCGACUUACCGCAGUGUCACUCGCCACACAACAACUAAAGUCUUUGAUUCUGGCCAUGGACUUGCUGGUUGGCGGUGAAGGUUCUCGAACGGAAUCGAAGAGUGCUCCUUCGGCAGAGAGUGGCGAUGAAAAAUUAAGGGUAGGUUAAAGGUGCUUUUCUUACCGCUUUUUAUGCCUCUCUCCCUUAGGAUGAGAAAGGCAUAACUACAAGCGGCGUAAGCGAGCACCGAAAACCUACCUCUAAAAAAACAUGUUGCACGAGAGCAAGCAGGAGAACGGCUUCAUCAGUUUGCAGCAACGAUGACACCAAACAAAACUUCUGCUACGAUGUCACCAAAAGGCCACAUCAGAGCCUCUAGUACCUGUACUACCGCUUCGACCAAGACCGGUGAACUACAAGCCCUUCACGCAUCACCAGCGACCACCCACGAAGACCUUUGCGCUGUCAAAAAAGCGAUUGAUUUGAGUAUGCUAGAAGAACAGCAUCAGAGAGAUUUUUGGGGUAGUGAUGACGAAAGUUUCGCACGUGGACGAGCUGAGAUGGAAAAAUGGAUCCUUUCGUGUAGGCUUUUCGCGAAGUAUAUGCCAGCUUGAACUUCAUCAGAAUACAUGACUGUAGUUGAAGAUCUACUUGAUCAUGUGGUGAUGAAUAAGAAAGAAAGGACGCAUACGCACACUUCUGUUAGUCUUGUGAACAAGUAGUGAAAAUUAAGAAAGAACUACACCAUGAUCCAGUGAAGAAUGCUGGUGGAUUCUAAAAAAUAAAAUGAUGAUUCUCUCUUAUGUCCUGUGGUCAUGACGUCAUUGAAGACGUUUUUGUCGACCGCGUGUUCCAC